AAUUCUGACGAUUUCUAUAUGACGGAGCAAUACCAUUAUCUGCCCUAUUUCCCUUCACUUCCUGUCCGGCCACAGGAAACAUCAUGCAAAGCAUCCCAUGCUGCAGAUGGAGGCGCAGCGCUGAUUUUUGCAGAACUGCCGUGAAAAGCAGCGAAAUAUCAUGGCACCAACCAAGUGGCUCUUUCUCGUUAUUAUUUGCGCAGUUUGGUUCACCCAACUGGAUGCACAGAGCGAUUCUUUGAAAGCAAAAAUUCAAGAGAAGAGGCAGUCGAUCAAAGCAUUGAUUUCUAAAAUCAGGGAUCGUAUUGAAAAGAAGCAAAAGUCUGGAAAGGUCGUUGAGAAAUCCGCAGGAUCCGCCGCGAAACUUCAAGUAGCUGAAAUCAAGUGCGCCGCCUCAAAAAUCAAUGGAAUCGACGAAUGUUGCCCAGACUUGAAUAGAACCCUUUCGCAAGCACUGGACAUCAAAAAAUGUAGUUUGUCUGAGGGCAACUCUUUUCCUUCCCACGUUUUACAGUACUCGCUCAAUCUGCUGCAGGACCAAACGUCAAAGAAACUUUCGCUUUUGAACUUGAACUCCAGCAUCAAAGCACAAAUUUGUAGCAGCGAAUGCCUUAUCAGAAGAUUCCGUGGAAAUUCGCGACAACUGGAGGCCAAGAAUGUUGCAAAGAAAAACAGCAAGUUGAAGCUAUCGGAAGUGUUCAAAUCCGCGUUGCUCGAGUGCAAAAAUGAUGCAACUAGUUUCCAAAAAAAUUCAAUCACCUACCAAUCUCAAACGUGCGCUGUGGCUCCCUAUGUCCAAUUGCAGUGUGCAAUUAGGACAUCACUCUUGAGCUGCCCAUCGUUUUCUGAAGACGACCUCUGCCUGUUACAAAAGGACCAACUUCUGCUGUGUGACCCUUUUAAAUUUUGAAACGACAAUGUAAAGAAUGCAUCAUGCUCAAUACAAAUAAAAACACCGUGCAUUUGUUUCGAAAACUGGAAACAAUUAUUUACUUUG